AUGGCGUCCAGGCCCAAGCGGCGCGCGGUGGGCGGUGCGGCCCCGGUUCCGCGCUGGGAGGAAGAGGACGACGGAGUCGAGGAUGAGGACGACGACGAGGAGGACAGCGACGAAGAAGAGGACGAAGACGACGAGGUCGUAGACGAGGAAGUGAAUAUUGAAUUUGAAGCUUAUUCUAUCUCAGACAACGAUUAUGACGGGAUUAAGAAAUUACUGCAGCAGCUUUUCCUGAAAGCUCCUGUGAACACUGCAGAACUAACACAUCUCUUAAUUGAACAGAACCAUAUUGGGAGUGUGAUUAAGCAAACGGACGUUUCAGAAGACAGCGAUUCUGAUGUGGAUGAAGAUGAGAUUUUUGGUUUCAUAAGUCUUUUAAAUUUAACUGAAAGAAAGGGUACCCCGUGUGCUGAACAAAUUAAAGAGUUGGUUCUGCGCCUCUGCGAGAAGAACUGUGAAAAGAGCAUGGUUGAACAGCUGGACAAGCUUUUCAAUGACACCACCAGGCCUGUGGGCUUUCUGCUGAGUGAAAGAUUCAUUAACGUUCCUCCGCAGAUUGCACUGCCCAUGCACCAGCAGCUUCAGAAAGAACUAGCAGAGGCACACAAGACGAACAAGCCAUGCGGGAAGUGUUACUUCUACCUUCUGAUUAGCAAGACGUUUGUGGAGGCAGGAAAAAGCAACUCCAAAAAGAAAUGGAGCAGCAAAAAGAAAGAUGAGUUAAUGUUUGCAAAUGCAGAAGAAGAAUUUUUCUAUGAGAAGGCAAUCCUGAAGUUCAGCUACUCAGUGCAGGAGGAGAGCGACAUGUGUCUGGGAGGCCGAUGGUCCUUUGAUGAUGUACCGAUGAAGCCCCUGCGAACUGUGAUCUUAAUUCCAGGCGACAAAAUGAAUGAAAUCAUGGAGAAACUGAAAGAACAUCUGUCUGUCUAACCCAUUUCCCAGGGACAAUGCUGGGCUUGUUUUUUGUAAAAUUACCAGAAGACUCUGUGGAGGUUUACUGAAAAACUCAUGACUUUAUUCAGAUUAAGGUCCUCUACAAAAAGCAGGGUUCUGUCACCCGUGUCUGUGACAUAUUUACAAAAUAUCUGCUUUUUAAAUUUUUGGUCAAAUUAAGAACAGUUGAUUAAAAACUUUUCCAAUAAGAAGAAAAACAUGGAGCAGUAAUUUAAAGAACUCAAUAAAAACUUCUAUUUUUAGUUUUUAAA